CCACAAGCUUCUACACUAACCCAGACGCUUCCAUCGUCCAAUCCAUUGUGCCUUCAUAUCACUCUCCCCCAAUUCGUAACCCUAAUAUCGGAACAACAAGCAAGAGUUCAUCGAUUCGCAAAACCCUAGGAAUCGAGAAGAGAAGAGAAGAUCAUGGGAGUGGAUUACUACAAGGUCUUGCAGGUUGACAAGGAUGCCAAGGAUGAUGAUUUGAAGAAGGCUUAUAGGAAGCUUGCUAUGAAAUGGCACCCGGAUAAGAAUCCUAACAACAAGAAGGAGGCGGAGGCUAAGUUCAAGCAGAUCUCCGAGGCCUAUGAGGUCUUGAGUGAUUCUCAGAAGCGUGCCAUUUAUGACCAGUAUGGUGAGGAAGGCCUCAAGGGCCAGGUCCCUCCACCGGGUGCUGGCGGGUCCUCAUUCAACUUUGGCGGUGGUGGGGAUGGUCCCAAUGUAUUCCGGUUCAACCCGAGGAAUGCUGAUGACAUUUUUGCAGAGUUCUUCGGGUUCUCAAGUCCAUUCGGCAGUAUGGGGGGUGGAGUUAAGAGAGCUGGUACUUCAAGGUUCGGUGGUAGCAUGUUUGGAGAUGACUUCUUUAGCCAGGCAUUCAGUGGGGAGGGCAUGGGUGGUGCUGGUGGCCCUAUGAAUGCUGGUCGGUCUCAAAAAGCAGCACCCAUUGAGAAUUUGCUUCCUUGUAGCCUUGAGGAGCUCUACAAAGGCACCACCAAGAAGAUGAAGAUCUCUAGAGAGAUUGCCGAUAUUAGUGGUAAAACAAUACCAGUUGAGGAAAUCUUGACAAUUGACAUAAAGCCCGGGUGGAAGAAGGGAACGAAGAUCACAUUUCCUGAGAAAGGGAAUGAGCAGCCAAAUGUCAUCCCUGCAGAUAUCAUCUUCGUGAUCGAUGAGAAGCCACAUGGUGUGUUCACAAGGGAUGGCAAUGAUCUCAUUGCUACACAAAAGAUCUCUCUUGUUGAAGCCCUGACAGGCUAUACAGUCCAUCUGACAACCCUGGACGGACGAACUCUCACCAUUCCUAUAAACAAUGUAAUACAUCCUAACUAUGAGGAGGUAGUUCCAAGAGAAGGCAUGCCACUACCAAAGGAUGCUACAAAGAAAGGGAACCUGAGAAUCAAGUUCAACAUCAAGUUCCCCACAAGGUUGACUGCAGAGCAGAAGGCUGGAAUCAAAAGGCUUUUGGGUCCUUGAGUUCUUGACAAGAGUAAAAGGCAUUGACAUUGUGAAUAUGGAGGGAGGUGAGGCUGAUGAAAUGAUUCAGGGAAGUUCUGUUGGAGUUGGAUUUAUGAUUAAAAUGCCAAAGAGAAUUCUAAUAUGAGCUUGUUUUAUAGGUUUGAAAUAGUAUGGGGAAUGUGGAGUUAAUUCUGUAGAUCAUGAUGAAGAAUAUCAUAUGACCGUGAAGGUUCAUUUUUCUGCUUUGGCGUUGCCCAAAUAAAAUGCUCUUGUAGAUCUAUCACUGUGUUUUUAUCUAUUACAUUGUUUUGAAGAGAUGGGACUGCAUUUUACUUUUUUUUA